CCUCGCCUCCCUUCUCCCCACCCAGAGCGAAGCAGUGGAGAUGAUGGAGCAGAUCGUGUACUGGGUCCGGGAGGACCCAUCGGGGCUGGGCCGGCCCCGGCUCCCCGGGGCCCCGGCCUCCGAGUCCAUGGCGGUGCCCAUGAUGCUGCUCAACCUCGUGGACCAGCUGGGGGAGGCGGACGAGGAGCUGGCGGGCAACUACGUGGAGCUGGGGGACUGGUGCGCCCAGAGGAUCCUGCAGCAUGUCCAGGCCUCUGUGUGUUCCAGGACAGCCACUUUGGUGGUGGUAGCAGGAUAUCCUGCUUGGAGAUGGUCGGACUUGGCAGGUGCCUGAAGGAUGAACUUCAGGAAGGCGUGGGAAAUGCAUUUGGUCAAAUGUCACUAUCAGGGAGCGAACUUCUAAAAUUCAAGAAGAAUUUGGAACUCUGUCUCCAAAUGCAACUGUUAUUAUAAUUUUGUCGUCCACUUUCACCCUCCGACUGUCAGGGUCGGCCUUCCGCUCCAGGGGCCAUGGUCUCAGCUGCCGGCACCUGUUUCUCGGGUUCCCGCACCAUGUGCUCUCAGGCUUUACAACGGCAGCUGCAUGAUGCCUAACGCUUUUCAAGCAGCCCACUGGAUUUCGGAAGAAAAGUUUCAGUAGCAUGUUUCCCAGAAGGAACUUUGUACCUAGGAUAAACAGUUUGGUCAAAUCUCAGAAAAUCUUUGUGUUUAGUUACUAUAGCAAUCCUUGUGACAGCAACUAUUUCCCUAAAGCACGUUAUAAAGUCUGGUGUGAAGUGUGUUUAGUCGAGAUCAAAUGUGUUUUAAGAGCCUUGUUUUUCUCUGAAACUUGGUUCCUUUCUUCAUGUGUUACAUUCUUUAUUAUUUCAAGAUCAGAGAUGAUUUAUCAAAGAAACAGUUGUAUACAAGUUGGGAGAUAUUUCCUCCUGGAAGUUCUGCUUUAUUUCAUCCUGGCAAAAAUGAGAAUUCUCCAUAGGACUUUUUCCGAAAACACUCACGGCCUAUGUGGAAUCAAACAACGGAAUGAUGCAUCCCAUUCUGAAAGUCGUUCUACUCAGUGCUACGAUGGGGUCCUCAGGGAAGUGGAGGGUCCCGGAGCAGCUGAGUGAAACUGAAGGCAGGAGCGAGGGGGCCAGAACCCGAGGGCAUGUUAAAAAGCAGGAAACCCAAACCACUAUGCGAGUCUACCAAACCAGCGAGUGAGGAAUUAUUCUGUGUCAUAUUAUUAUUAUUAACAACACAUAAACACUCUCUAUUUUAUAUUCUUUUAAAUUUAUUGUUAAAUACACAAGCAAAACAUGAAUAUAAUUCUCAUUUUAAAAUAUUAAACAAAUGGGAAUAAAAUAAAAGCUCCUUUUAGCCAUUCUCUAGGCCCCUCUCAAUUCCCCCUGUCCCAGACAAGGGGAUCCUUCCCAACAUUUCCUGCACGUUUACAUGCAUAUAUGUACAGACACACUGGAGAGUUUCUCAUACUAUAUGCUUAUUCUGCAACUUGCUCUCUCUCCCAAUUCCCCCUUUCCCAGAAGAUCCAUAAGGAAGCGUGCCUGGGAGAGAGUUUUUAAUUAUAGCUCUGUACUCCACAGCAUGGAUAUAGCAGACGUUGUUCCCAGCUUCCCCUCCUCGGUGCACAUUUAGGGGUCCUGCAGGGUUUUGCUGAUGGGCACAAUGCCGCAUGGACACUCUUGCCCCAUCACACACACACACACACACACACACACACACACGAACACUGCUGUAAGAUUGAGUCAGGGAGGGCAGCGCUAGAUGGCUCCAACCAAGAGACCAGCAAUGAUGCAGCUAGUGGCUAAGAGAAGACUGAACAUUGUUACUCGCUCUCAUAAGGGUCAGCCGAGCACUCCAGGUUGAAAGGACAUCUCUGUUCCACGCUGUCACUCAGGAAGCCCAGUGCUUCUCAAACCAUUUGUGGUUAAAGACCAGUUUAUGUCCACCCACCCCCCCAAUCCAUUUUGCCUAAGGCUUUUGUAAAAUGCAAUAAAGAUAUCAUGGUGAUGUUGA